CAAAAAAUGGAACAGUUGAGGAAAUGGGUGAAUUGGUGGAUGAGGUCUGGGUGUGGAAGGAGAAGGAAAAAUGGGAAAACAAGGGGACAGCAAUAGAUGCAAAUCAAGGGAAUCGAAGUGAAGAUUAUAGAAAGGAAUCACGUGAUUUUUGGGCAGGCCUAGCAAGUGAAGAUGAACUCUUGCAGGUGAGAUCAGAGGAAAAGCUAAAGAGAAAGUUGAAGAAGAGUAGAGGAGCUCGAAGCAAAAAGGUGAGGGGUAGGAAAGAAAUGACAGUGGCUAGAUGCAAGAGGUCAAACCCAGAUAGAGCCAAUGGAGGUGUCUCUCGGAUAGAGCAGGAAGAAGAACUCUCCUUAAGAGACAACACCAUUUCAACAGGUGGUAUCAUUAACUGUAAUCAAAGGUUUAUGGUGAGAUUGUGGGAAGAAGAAGCGAGUGAGCUUUCGGCAGUGGGGAAAAAGUUGGGCCUCGUCAGGAGGUGCAAUGAAGGGGAAAUAAGCAAGAGGUUAGAUGAAACGGAAACGAGGGACAAGAAUUGUUCUAGCAAAACAAAAACAGAAAGUUAGAGCAAAGAAAGCGGGGAUGGAAGCAUUAAAAUAAAAACUCUCUCUUACAAUGUUAGGGGGUUAGAAGGAAGUGGGAAAAGGAGAGUGAGGGAAAUGAGUAAAUGACUGCAAAGGAGAAGUAUGAUGUGGUGUUUAUUCAAGAAACAAAAUUGAACUCAUUUGAAGAAAGGCUAGGCAAAACAAUUUGGGGGUCUGGUGAGUUUGACUAGACAGUGAAAUUAGCUAUCGGGAAUUCAGGAGGCAUCUUAUGUUUUGUGGAAUCAGAAUAGUAUCAAGGUCUAGAAUAAGUUUGAAGGCUUUGGUUUCUAUGGAUUCAAGGGUUUGUAGGGGAGUGAGGAGGCACCCUGUGUGUUCAUUAAUUUGUAUGCACCUCACAAUCGACAGGAGAGGAAAUAUGUGUGGACAGAAUUACAGGGGGUGCUAAAGAACUAUGGGGAUAGAU